AUGUCGGACAUCAAGGAGUCUCAUGUCACUACAACCUCAGAGCAUGGCGACCACAAAGGUGCCGUGGCUGAUAUCGCCGUCAUUUCUGGCUCUGAAGCCAUAGCAGAGGCCAAGCUGAAGGAGCCUGUAGUUCGUUUCUCUAGCUCUGCCAUGCUACUCUACGUCUGCGCAUUUGUUGGCUUCUUUUGCUCGACAUGUAACGGUUUCGACGGAUCCAUGUUUAACUCUCUCCUUACCAACAAUACAUUCAAGGAGUAUUACAACGUCGAGAGUACCGGAGCGUGGGCCGGUAUUGUCACUUCCAUGUACCAGAUCGGUGGAGUUGUCGCUCUUCCCUUCAUCGGUCCUGCCUGUGAUACCUGGGGCCGCAGAAUUGGAAUGAUGAUUGGUGGAGUCCUUGGUUGCAUUGGAGUAAUCAUUCAGUCGACUGCUCCUGCUUCCAACCCUGUCGGCCAAUUCAUGGGUGGUCGCUUCCUGCUCGGCUUCGCGGUCCCAAUUAUGACAACAGCUGGCCCCCUUCACGUUAUCGAGACUGCGCAUCCAGCUCACCGAGGUGUCAUUACUGGUCUUUACAACACUUUCUGGUUCGUGGGAUCGCUUCUUGCAGCCGGUGUCACACGUGGAGCCGCAGACCUUGCAGGCAACCAAUCCUGGAGGAUUCCUGUCUGGCUGCAAAUGCUGUUCCCAGCCCUGCUCGUUAUACUUCCUCUUCUUCUCCCUGAGAGUCCUCGCUGGCUGUACACCCGCGGUAAACACUCCGAAGCCAAGAAAACCCUUGCCAAAUACCAUGGUUGUGGCAACGAGGACAGUAUCUGGGUCUCCAUGCAAAUCCGCGAGUACGAAGAGUACCUCAACAUGGAUGGAGGUGACAAACGCUGGUGGGACUACGGCGCUCUUUUCAAGACUCGUCCCGCGCGCUACCGUCUCGCAUGCAACUGUAUCGUUGCUAUCUUCGGUCAAUGGGCAGGUAACGGUGCUGUCGACUACUUCAUCUCCGGUGUUCUUGAAUCCGCAGGCGUCACGGAUGAGAUCAAGAAAAUGAACAUCAACUUGGGCAAGAGCUGCAUGCAGCUUGCUUUCGCUGUUAUAGGCGCUCUCUGUGUCGACAAACUGGGUCGACGCCCUAUGCUAAUUGGCACUUUCUCGACUGUAACCGUUAUCUGGGCUGGAGCUAUCGGCGCGGUCUCUUACCAGAACAAGACGAACAGCAUUCCCGCAGGUAAUGCCUUUGUUGCACUGGUCUUCCUAUUCAACGCUGUCUUCGCCUUCGGUAUCACCCCGCUCCAGGCUCUAUAUCCCGUUGAGGUGCUCUCAUUCGAGAUGCGUGCUAAGGGUAUGGCUUUCUCCAACUUGUCACUCACAACGGCUAUGUUGAUCAACCAAUUUGCCUACCCCAUCGCUUUGGAGAAGAUUGGCUGGAGGCUUUACAUCGUCUUCGCCUGCUGGUGCCCCAUACAGGCCUUUGUUGUCUGGCUCUUCAUCCCCGAGACCAAGAACCGCACCCUCGAAGAAAUCGACGACAUAUUCAAUGCGCCCAACCCGAGGAACGCAUCGCUCAUCAAGAAGAAGCUCGCUACUGAUGCACAAGGAAACAUCCUCGAAGUCGAGAAGAUCUAA